ACUUCAAAUCCAAUAUUUGCAACCCCUCGUAAAUGUCAAAAGUAAAUAGAAAAUAAGGGAAUAAAUUAAUUAUUUUACAAUUUCCAAUUUAUCGUUAAACCUGUAAACAGAACUCAAACAUACGUAUAUUACGAGAAUCACUGUAAAAUUUUAUUUUGAAGAUCACACAGUGAAGUACUGUACAGCAAAAGAAAAAUGAGCGAAUUGUCGCGGAUUUUCUUCAUUUAAAUAUGCACAAAUUGCACAUAAUUGCACAUUUUCGUAGUGUUUGUUAUUCGCUUACAAAUUUUUUAUCUUCUGUAUUAUUUAGUGUUCUUAUGAAGUGUUUAAACCUUUUGAAAUUCGGAUUUUCCUCUCGGGGCGUAACCUUCGUGUUCUAAAGUUAUACCUUUUUUGAAAAUGAUAUUUGAUCACUUUUUCUAAAAAAAUUGUUUGUAUUAUUGCUAAAAAUGGCUGAGGACGAAGUUUUAUUCGACGACGUUUAUGAAUUGUGUGAAAUAAUUGGCAAGGGCCCAUUCAGCCUUGUAAGACGCUGUGUGCACCGUCAGACUGGACAGCAGUUUGCAGUGAAGAUUGUUGAUGUAGCUCGCUUCACAGCAAGCCCAGGUCUUAGUACAGCAGAUCUUAAACGAGAAGCUACAAUAUGUCAUAUGUUGAAGCACCCUCAUAUUGUGGAGCUAUUGGAGACGUACAGCUCAGAGGGAAUGCUCUAUAUGGUUUUUGAAUACAUGGAUGGAUCUGAUCUCUGUUUUGAAGUUGUACGUAGGGCGACUGCCGGAUUUGUAUACAGCGAAGCAGUAGCUUGCCAUUACAUGCGUCAGAUUUUGGAAGCAUUGCGCUACUGUCAUGAGAAUGACAUCGUCCACCGUGACGUGCGACCUCAUUGCGUACUGUUAGCCGGACGUGACAACUGCGCACCUGUCAAACUCGGUGGCUUCGGUGUAGCUGCGCAGUUGCCCGCACCCGCAGCGCAUCGCGCGCGCCCUGAAUUGGUGAUGGACAAUCGACCACUAGUGGGUCCUAUGGGCCAAGCGUAUCUGAAAUCAGAUGAGUAUGGUCGUAUAGGUACUCCGCAUUAUAUGGCCCCUGAGGUUGUAUCGAGUCAGUUGUAUGGAAAACCAGUGGAUGUGUGGGCUGCGGGGAUUCUACUGCAUGUGUUACUGGUGGGCUAUCUGCCUUUUACUGGAACUAGAGAGCGUCUCUUCGAAGCUAUAUGUCGAGGUAGACUUAGAUUCGAUGCUCCAUUGUGGGAUGACAUCAGCGACUCGGCCAAGGAGUUGGUGCAGCGCAUGCUGACAGUAGACCACACGCAGCGUAUCAACAUACAGGAAGUGCUCAACCAUCGCUGGAUACGGGAUCGGGACAAGCAGAACCGCAUACAUUUAGCAGGCACUGUGGAGGAGCUGAAGAAGUUCAACAGCCGCCGUCGUCUCCGAGCUGCGACCCUCGCCGCGGCUGCUGUUGAUGAUGAUGAUGAAGAGGAACAACCGGGACGACGACAGGUGAUGCUGGAGGAGGCCAACGCUGCUGCUGUGAACCUCGUGGUGGAGUCCCUUGAUGAUGUGGCUGUUCUGCAGGACGGACCUCUCUUCAUGGACCCUGAUCUCUUCCACAGUGUGCUCGACGACCUGCAACUUAGAGCUCUGCUAGAGGUGUAUGAUCGUAUCGCAUGUACUGUGGUGGUGAGCAGUGGUCGCGCCCCUGCCGCUGAGGCCAGGACCAAGACACGCCAGGCACUAGAAGCCACUGGUCGUUUGAGGCCUGCGCCCGCUGCGCCUGCGCAUUCCCCCGCAGCUGCGGCUGCGCACGAACUGCGCAGAGUACUCGCCAUGCCACAUAUUAAGGCGUUGCUUCAGGCGCACGACGUGGUGGCGCGCGAGGUGUACGGCGAAGAAUCGCUGCGCGCAUCGCCCCCACCUGUCAACGGCCGCGCUCCCGCCCCUGCGCAGGAAGAUGAUGAUGACACCGAGCCCGAGUUUGAAAACGUGACCAGGGUGCGCCUCGUGCAGUUCCAGAAGAACACCGACGAACCCAUGGGCAUAACGCUGAAGCUAGCUGACGACGGUCGUUGCAUCGUGGCUCGCAUCAUGCACGGCGGCAUGAUACACCGGCAGGCGACGUUGCACGUGGGAGACGAGAUCAGGGAGAUCAAUGGCACACCCGUCGCCAACCAGUCUGUUGCUCAACUACAGCGGAUGCUGCGUGAGGCUCGUGGCUCGGUGACCUUUAAGAUCGUACCAUCGUACCGCUCCGCGCCGCCGCCGUGCGAGCUAUUCCGGAUAAAGCCUUCGCCCGUGCUAAUAUUCGUAAGAGCGCAAUUUGAUUACGAUCCUUUAGAAGAUGAAUUGAUCCCGUGCGCUCAAGCUGGUAUUGCAUUCAACACUGGAGAUAUACUUCAGAUAAUCAGCAAAGACGACUCGCAUUGGUGGCAGGCGCGCAAGGACGCGGCGGGCGGCUCGGCCGGCCUCGUGCCCAGUCCCGAGCUGCAGGAGUGGCGCGCCGCCUGCGCCGCCGCAGAGCGCUCUAACGCCGAUCAAGUCAAUUGUUCGAUAUUUGGACGUAAGAAGAAACAAUCUAAAGACAAAUAUCUGGCGAAGCACAACGCGGUGUUCGAUCAACUUGACGUGGUAACAUAUGAAGAAGUCGUUAAACUACCAUCUUUCCAAAGGAAGACGAUAGUACUACUUGGUGCGCAUGGCGUUGGUCGGCGUCAUAUCAAGAACACUCUCAUAGCGCGACACCCCGAUCAGUACGCGUACCCCAUACCACAUACAACUCGUCCGCCCAGACCUGAUGAAGAGAAUGGUAGACAUUACUACUUUGUGACUCACGAAGAAAUGAUGGCGGACAUCGCAGCCAACGAGUAUUUAGAAUAUGGCACACACGAGGACGCGAUGUACGGCACCAAGUUGGAGACAAUCAGACGUAUUCACGCGGAGCGCCGCGUCGCCAUACUGGAUGUGGAGCCUCAGGCGCUCAAGGUGCUGCGCUCUGCAGAGUUCGCCCCCUACGUCGUCUUCGUCGCAGCUCCGCCUCUCAAUAAUGUGGCCGAUUAUGACGGGUCCCUGGAGGUGUUGGUACGUGAAUCUGAGCAACUACGUCGUACAUACGGCCAUCACUUCGACCUCUGUAUAGUGAACAAUGACAUCGAUGACACCCUCGCGCAGCUGGAGGCGGCCCUCGUGCGCCUGCGCACCUCCCCCCAGUGGGUGCCCGUCGCAUGGGUCUACUGACCGACCACAGACUGCUAUCUUUAGAAACACUACUCUAUUCUCUGAGAUAUAAGGUUCAAUUUUACUUACUUUACUGGAGAUGAAUUACGACUCUAUUGUCUGAGGUAUAAGAAAUAGUUUUACUUUCCGCUGG